AUGAAGGCGCUCAACACCAAAAAAGAUCUGAAACGCCACUCCGUUGGGGGAUAUGCUUUCAACAUGGACUCGCCCGAAGAUCGAGCCGCUACGAAAAUUCAAGCAGAAAUUCGCGGAUUUCUCGCCAGGAAACAUGUUGAGAAGAUGAAGAAAGAGAUACGCAAGCAGCAACUAAAAUCCAAGCCCAUAUCAGCGGUGCAACCAGGAUUCUUUACACGAAAGCACUUGGACGAACAAGGUCUACUAUCUCCAACACGUUCAAGGAGCCCCCUCCAAACGCCUGAUCCCGAAGAGAAUCACCAUUGA